UUUUUUUUCAACAGGGAAAGAAACAAACAAACAAAACAAAAAAAAAAACUUUCUGCGAGGGGAGACGCGUGCCAAGCGACAGCGCGAGCGCAGCUUCUCCACAGACAGCUCCGUCUCCUGCUCUGAAGGGAUCUAACAUCUGGAACCACGGCUUCUAAGGUGGACACCGUUUUAUCCUCUCUAUCCCUCCAUUUCUUCAAGAAAGAAAUGGAAGAGGGCUCCAGCUCCCCGGUCUCCCCUGUGGAUAGUCUGGUGACGAGCGAGGAGGAGCUGGAGCGCCAGCACAAGCAGCGCUUCUCCAAGAAGAGGAGGCACAGCAGCAAGAAGUCCGGCGGGGAGGACAGCACCGGGAGCAGCCCGGCAGCCCUGAAGCGGCCCAAGAAACCCAGUCCGAGCGGCGCGCAGUCCUACGAGGAGCUGCAGAACCAGAGGGUCCUGGCCAACGUCCGGGAGCGGCAGCGGACUCAGUCCCUGAACGAGGCCUUCGCGUCUUUGCGCAAAAUCAUCCCCACGCUGCCCUCGGACAAACUCAGCAAGAUCCAGACCCUGAAGCUGGCCUCCAGGUACAUAGACUUCCUGUGUCAGGUGCUGCAGAGCGACGAGAUGGACAACAAGAUGUCCAGCUGCAGCUACGUGGCGCACGAGAGACUCAGCUACGCGUUCUCCGUGUGGAGGAUGGAGGGCGCGUGGUCCAUGUCUGCGUCUCACUAGCACCCAGAGAGCUUCACCUCCAAUGCCAAAGUGACUGUUUGCUUCUAAAGACCAAAGGGAUUAUUGAAGAACCCGUCAACCUCAAAGGGCCACGAAGUAGAGGCGUGGUGUGUGUGUGUGUGUGUGUGUGUGUGUGUGUGUG